GUCUCUCUCUCUCUCCUCGUCUAUCUGCUGGCCUGCUGAAAGAGACUCUCAUUUCAUAUCACAGCGUCGGUGCAGGGAGCAGAAAUCAUUCAGCUGGCAGAGUGAAGAGUGGAUCACACGCCACUUUCUUCUCGCCUCUGUCACAGACUUACGCUUUUCCUCUCUUUCACCAACACACCCUCACUCUCUCUGUCUCAGCCACCAGUUUUCUUCCCCCGUUUUGUUUGGGAAAGUGUCUCCAGCCUCAGGUAGGCAGCACCACAUCCAACCAGAAAUACGCUCCUUACUUCUUUCUACCUUUUCUUUUCUUUCUUAUAUUAACAUCCUCCUCCUCCUCCUCCUCCUCCGCCUCAUCUUCCUCGUCCGUCUCUGUCUCUCGACUCUCCUCCUGCCUCCACACCCUGCCUCUGAGCGCGCCGGAGAGAGUCGCCAAUUGCGCACAGCGAAGGCAGCAAGUGGGAGUGGACCUCGUGUGUGUUUGCGAGCGUGGAGAGGAAGAGGAGAGGAGGAGGAGGAGGAGGAGGAGGAGGGAGAGAGCAUCAGCACAGUCCUCCUAGUCUCUCCUCUCUUCACGCACACUCCCACUCUGCAUGGAACAAUCCUUCCUUCACUGCUUCUAAAUGGACAUUUCUGUGGCAACAUUUCACCAGUGAAGACAGCAGCUGCUGCCGCUCCAUUCCACGAGCUCCCACAUGCUGGAUUUUACAAAAAAGUGAGGAGAGGCGAGGAACAGGGGGAGAUCUCCGAAUAUGAGUGAGGAGGCUAAGGAGAAGGCAGGCGGCGGGAAAGCAGCCCAUCGCAAGAAGAAAGGCAAAAAGUCUGACAGUAAUGCCAGUUACCUGCGAGCAGCCCGGGCAGGAAACCUUGAAAAGGUCCUUGACUACCUCAAGUCUGGGGUUGAGAUAAACAUUUGCAAUCAGAAUGGUCUGAACGCUCUUCAUCUAGCCUCCAAGGAGGGGCACGUAGAGGUUGUUGCUGAGCUGCUGAAGCUCGGAGCGACUGUGGAUGCAGCCACAAAGAAAGGAAACACUGCUCUGCACAUAGCCUCGCUGGCUGGCCAGACGGAAGUCGUCAAAGAGUUGGUCACCAACGGAGCCAAUGUCAACGCACAAUCUCAGAAUGGCUUCACUCCUCUGUACAUGGCAGCCCAGGAGAAUCACCUGGAGGUGGUGCGAUUCCUUCUGGAGAACAGCGCCAGUCAGAGUAUGGCCACAGAGGAUGGCUUCACCCCUCUGGCGGUGGCCCUCCAGCAGGGCCAUGACCAGGUGGUCUCCCUGCUACUGGAGAACGAUACAAAGGGCAAGGUACGCCUGCCUGCCCUGCACAUCGCUGCUCGCAAGGACGACACCAAGGCCGCGGCCCUGCUCCUGCAAAACGACCACAACGCAGACGUCGAGUCCAAGAGUGGUUUCACCCCCCUCCACAUCGCAGCGCAUUAUGGCAACAUUAACGUGGCCACGCUUUUGCUGAACAGAGGGGCUGCUGUGGACUUCAUGGCUCGGAAUGACAUCACACCGCUUCAUGUGGCAGCAAAAAGGGGCAACAGCAACAUGGUCAAGUUGCUGCUGGACAGAGGGUCCAAAAUUGAUGCAAAGACCAAGGACGGCCUGACGCCUCUUCACUGCGGGGCGAGGAGCGGGCACGAGCAGGUGGUAGAAAUUCUACUAGACCGAGGAGCACCUAUCCUGUCCAAGACCAAGAACGGCCUGUCGCCGCUCCACAUGGCCACCCAGGGGGACCACCUGAACUGCGUCCAGCUCCUGCUCCAGCACGACGUGCCGGUGGACGACGUCACCAACGACUACCUGACGGCCCUGCACGUGGCCGCCCACUGCGGGCACUACAAGGUGGCCAAGCUCAUCGUGGACAAGAAGGCCAACCCCAACGCCAAGGCUCUGAAUGGCUUCACUCCGCUUCACAUCGCCUGCAAGAAGAACAGAGUCAAAGUGAUGGAGCUGUUGCUUAAACACGGGGCAUCUAUCCAGGCUGUCACAGAGUCUGGUCUCACUCCCAUCCAUGUCGCUGCCUUCAUGGGCCAUGAGAAUAUUGUCCAUGCACUGACACAUCACGGAGCAUCACCUAACACCACCAACGUACGAGGGGAGACAGCGCUCCACAUGGCAGCCAGGGCCGGCCAGGCAGACGUAGUCCGAUACCUGCUGAAGAACGGGGCCAAGGUGGAGACCAAGUCCAAGGACGACCAGACAGCGCUGCACAUCUCCAGUCGGCUGGGGAAAGUUGACAUCGUCCAGCAGCUGCUGCAUUGCGGCGCCUCUGCCAACGCUGCCACCACCUCAGGCUACACCCCACUUCACCUGGCCGCUCGCGAAGGACACCAAGAUGUUGCCACCAUGCUGCUGGAGAACGGAGCAUCGCUCUCCUCCUCGACUAAGAAAGGCUUCAGUCCGCUGCACGUGGCCGCGAAGUACGGCAAGAUGGAGGUGGCCAGUUUGCUCCUGCAGAAGAGAGCCGCACCUGACGCUGCAGGAAAGAGUGGGCUAACUCCACUGCAUGUAGCCGCUCACUACGAUAAUCAGAGAGUGGCUCUGCUGCUGCUGGAUCAGGGAGCUUCUCCUCACGCUGCCGCCAAGAACGGCUACACGCCGCUGCACAUUGCUGCCAAAAAGAACCAAAUGGACAUCGGGACCACGCUGCUCGAGUACGGCGCAGACACCAACGCGGUGACGCGGCAGGGCAUCAGCCCCAUUCACCUGGCAGCGCAGGAGGGCAGCGUGGACCUGGUGUCACUGCUGCUGACCAAGAACGCCAACGUCAACGUGUGCAAUAAGAGCGGACUUACACCACUUCACUUGGCAGCUCAGGAGGACAAGGUCAAUGUUGCAGAAGUCCUUCUCAACCAUGGGGCUGAUGUCAACCCCCAGACAAAGAUGGGUUACACGCCGCUGCACGUUGCCUGUCACUAUGGCAAUGCAAAGAUGGCAAACUUCCUGCUGCAGAACCAUGCAAGAGUCAACGGCAAAACCAAGAACGGGUACAGUCCGCUACACCAAGCAGCUCAGCAGGGUCACACACAUAUCAUCAACCUGCUGCUUCAGCACGGGGCCUCAGCCAAUGACCUGACCGUGAACGGGAACACUGCCCUAUCCAUAGCCCGGCGCCUUGGGUACAUCUCUGUGGUGGACACGCUGAGGCCUGUGACAGAUGAAAACCUGAACACCAUGAGUGCAUCAGAAAAACACAAAAUCAACGUGCCGGAGACCAUGAAUGAGUUCCUCGACAUGUCAGACGAUGAAGUUCAGGCUAAUGUGCCAGAAACUCUCAGUGAGGACUCUUUUUCAGAUGUUGAAGAAGGUGAGGAUGCUAUGACCGGGGACACGGACAAAUACCUGCGGCCUCAGGACCUCAAGGAGCUGGGGGAUGACUCUCUCCCUCAGGAGGGCUACAUGGGGUUCAGCAUAGGCGCCCGCUCAGCCAGCCCUAGAAUCAGCCUCCGCUCCUUCAGUUCGGAUAGGUCCAACACACUCAACCGGAGCUCCUUCGCGCGCGACAGCAUGAUGAUCGAAGAGAUCCUGGCCCCCACCAAGGACACGCUUCAGAGUGUCUGUAAAGACAUUUCCUAUUUGGUUGACCCACUCAACAAGCACCUCGCUGUGACCAGAGACUACAAUACAGAAUGUAUGCGGCGCUACAGCUGGACCCCUGACACUAUGGACCACAGCCACAACACUGUGUCUAGCCCCAUUCACUCUGGCUUCUCCUCCCCGCUCCCUCAGUAUGACUCCAGGUUCUUGGUCAGCUUCAUGGUCGAUGCCCGAGGUGGUUCCAUGAGAGGCAGCCGCCACAAUGGCAUGCGCAUCAUCAUCCCUCCCAGGAAGUGCACGGCGCCCACGCGCAUCACCUGCCGCUUGGCCAAAAGGCACAAGCUGGCCUACCCUCCUCCUAUGGUGGAGGGAGAGGGGCUGGUCAGCCGGCUGGUGGAGGUGGGACCAGCUGGGGCUCAGUUCCUCGGUCCUGUUAUUGUGGAGAUCCCUCAUUUUGGUUCAAUGCGGGGGAAAGAGAGGGAACUGAUUGUUUUGAGGAGUGACAACGGUGACACGUGGAAGGAGCACCAGUUCGACGCCAGACCAGAAGACCUCACUGAGCUCCUCACUGGAAUGGAUGAAGAGCUGGACAGUCCUGCCGAGUUGGAGAAGAAGCGCAUUUGUCGCAUCGUCACCAGAGAUUUCCCCCAGUAUUUCGCUGUGGUGUCACGGAUCAAGCAGGAGUCUAACCACAUGGGUCCGGAUGGCGGCGUGCUGUCCAGCAGCACCGUGCCAAUGGUCCAGGCCUCGUUCCCACAGGGGGCACUCACAAAGAGGAUCCGUGUUGGCCUGCAGGCUCAGCCUGUGCCCGACGACUUGGCGAGGUCGGUCCUCGGCAACAGAGCCACCUUCAGCCCCAUCGUCACCGUGGAGCCCAGGAGGAGGAAGUUCCACAAGCCGAUCACCAUGACUAUCCCCGUCCCACCUAGGUCGGCUGAAGGCCACCCCACCGGCCACAGAGGCGACUCCGCCCCAUGCCUGCGUCUGCUCUGCAGCAUCACAGGAGGGACGUCUCCUGCGCAGUGGGAGGACAUCACAGGAACCACUCCACUGUCCUUUGUAACCGACUGUGUCUCCUUUACCACAAAUGUGUCGGCCAGGUUCUGGCUCGCAGACUGUCACCAGAUUCCUGAGACGGUGAGUCUAGCGUCUCAGUUAUACCGGGAGCUGAUCUGCGUGCCGUACCUGGCCAAGUUUGUGGUGUUCGCCAAGAUGAACGACGCCGUUGAGGCCCGGCUGCGCUGCUUCUGCAUGACGGACGACAAGGUGGACAAGACCCUCGAGCAGCAGGAGAACUUUGAGGAAGUGGCCCGGAGUAAAGACAUCGAGGUUCUCGAGGGAAAGCCUAUCCACGUGGAUUGCUAUGGCAACCUGUCUCCUCUCGCCAAAAGUGGGCAGCAGUUGGUUUUUAACUUCUUCUCCUUCAAGGAAAACAGACUUCCUUUCAACGUGAAGAUCAGAGAUAUGGGCCAGGAACCAUGUGGACGCCUCUCCUUCCUGCGAGAGCCAAAAUCCACAAAAGGCCUUCCACAGACUGCCAUAUGCAAUUUGAAUAUCACACUGCCAACCCACAAGAAGGAUAUGGAGUCUGAUCCUGAUGAUGAGACUGAAAAGCCAGAACGACGUCAUACCUUUGCCUCCUUAGCUUUGCGUAAGCGCUACAGCUAUUUGACCGACCCAGCAGCGAAAACAACUGAUCGAAGCCCGCCGAGAACACAGCCUUCUAGCUACCCUCACAAACCUGUCUUUUCAACGAGAUCUUAUCAGGCGUGGUCGCCUGUUCCUGUCGCCGUCCCUGGUCAAGCCAAGUCUGGGUUUGGCUCCCUCUCCAGUUCGUCAUCCAACACGCCCACUGCCUCUCCAUUAAAGUCCGUCUGGUCCAUCAACUCUGCCUCCCCUAUCAAGACCAAUAUUCCUGGAUCACCUGCCUCUUCUGUAAAGUCAGUUAGUGACAUGGCUUCUCCCAUUCGAUCUUACAGAACCAUCUCCUCUCCUAUAAAAACUGUAGUCCACCAAGCUCAGUACCCUAUCCAGGUCACCCCCAGUCCCCUGUCUUCACCAGGAAAAAGUGCCCCAGACUCUAUAUCUAUGAAAGGAUUGUCAGCAUUGUCAGCUAGGACCUCCCCUAUAACUGCUUCUGGAGGAGGAAAUGCUUUUCUUGAGAGAACAUCCAUGGGCGUGACCCCACCAUCCUCUCCCAAAUCAUCUCUGAGUAUGUUCAGUUCACCUCUGCCAUACAAGACAAUUGUGGGAGGUUCUAGUGGCACAGCAACUUCCUCCUCACCUAUAAAAACAGUCCCUGGCCUCUCCUCUAUGCGGUCCUUUGCCUCAGAUGUCACUGGGCCUGCGAGAAACCUUUUCUCUACUCUUUCAUCACCUCUAAAAUCCAACUCAUCUCCGGGUGCUGCAGCUCUCAUCAAUGGUACUGUGUCACCGACACAGUACCGCUCUUCAUCCCCAACAUCUCUUCUCACCAGCAGUUUGCAGGAGAGAAUACAGGCAACAACCAACGCUGCGACUACAAGUGUCAAUGCAGCCUUUGAUGAGGUUGAGAAAACAUUCAAUUCUUGCUCGGCAGGUUAUGGCACAUUAAAGUCCUUAUCUUCUUCUGCAUCCUCGUCAUAUCAGUCUAUUAGAUCUUCAGCAUCAAAUUCCCUUUAUGCCUCUCUAAGGUCCACUCCUAAUGCCACCACGGCUGUAACUUCCAGUACAAUGACUGUCCCUGUGUACUCCGUUAUCAAUGUGAUACCAGAACCCCAGUUUAAAAAGUUACCUGAGGUGUCAAAGUCAGCUGCUGCUCUUCUGUCCCCAAGGAAAACUGUACCUGCUGAGGUGAAUCCUCAGUUGCAGUCUUCCUUUGCCAGAACUCUUUCCCCUAUAAAGUCCCCUCUUUUUUCUGCUGGCCUCAAAUCAAACACCACAUCACCAAUGUCAUCCAGCCAAGAAAUUCUGAAGGAUGUAGCUGAAAUGAAAGAGGACUUGAUACGAAUGUCAGCCAUUUUGCAGACGGACCCAAAUUCCACAGCAAAUAAAGGAUUUCAAUCUGAUUCUCCCAAAGAGGCUAAGAUUGAGGACGAGGAGCCAUAUCGCAUUGUUGAGAAAGUAAAACAAGACUUGGUAAAAGUGAGUGAAAUCCUCACUAAAGAUGCUGUGAAGGAUGGUAGGGUUUCUCUGUCAAGGGGUUCUCUUGAUGACAUACACUUCUCAAAAGUACAAGUUGAGCAACCACCAAGCAAAUGGAGCUAUCCACCAAGAUACGAAACAGUGGUUCCUCAGGCCAAAACAAAAACAAUACCUGACAGAGAUUUCAAUCUCUCCAAAGUUGUUGACUACCUGGCCAAUGAUGUGGGCAACAGUUCUUUCUCCAAAAAGCAUGACACAAAGCUCAAAACAGAUGAGGGCAAAAGAGAAGGAGAGGGCAAGGAAAAGCAGAAACGUGUCCUAAAACCCACUAUUGCAGUUCAGGAGCAUAAGCUUAAAAUGCCUCCAACAAACAUGCGAUCUUCUCCUUCAGACAAAGAGAUCAGUAAAGUAGCGGAUUCGCUUUUUGGAGCAGACACUGUGCUAGAGUCCCCUGAUGAUAUCUCACAUGAACAGGAUAAAAGUCCUCUCUCAGACAGUGGUUUUGAGACCAGAAGUGAGAGGACACCCUCAGCCCCUCAAAGUGCAGAAGGCAUGGGCCCUAAAGCACUUUUUCAGGAUAUCCCAGUUCCACCAGUGAUCACUGAGACUAGAACUGAGGUUGUCCAUGUUAUUAGGAGCUAUGAGUCUCCAGAGGACAAUAAACAGUCUAUAAUGGAGGAUGUUCAUCCUGUUAGAUAUAUUGAUUCGGAUUGUAAAGGCUAUCAGAAUCAAAUUCCAUCAACUCCAGACCAUAAUAAAUGUUAUUCAGUAAAAGUUAGUCCUGAUGAUGAUCCAAUGGGAAAAGGGAUGAGGGUAAAGGAGGAAACUCACAUCACUACCACUACUAGGAUGGUGUACCACAAACCAUCUGGCAAAGAAGCAGCAUCGGAAAGGUGUGAAGAAACUAUGUCUGUUCAUGACAUAAUGAAAGCUUUUCAGUCAGGCAAGGAUCCUUCUAGAGAGCUGGCUGGACUGUUUGAACACAAGUCUGGCAACGAAGAGACAUCACAAAGAGUCCUUGAGGACAUUAACUCUAAGCCUAAGGUUGAAAGAAUAAUUGAAGUUCACAUUGAAAAAGGCAAUAAAACAGAACCAACAGAGGUCAUCAUCAGAGAGACAAAAAACCAUGGAGAAAAAGAAAUGUAUUACUACCCAGGGAGUAGACAAGAAGAUGAGGAGCCAGAGGAGUCACUUCCAGUAUACCUUGAGUCUCCUAGAGUAAACACACCCAUGUCGCAGGAGGAGGACAGUCGCCCUAGUUCAGCUCAGCUCAUGGCAGAUGACUCCUACAAAACACUAAAGCUACUUAGCCAGCAAUCUGUGGAGUACAAUGAGGAUGAAUCAUCAGAGCUUAGAGGAGAAUCUUAUAAUUUUGCAGAGAAAAUGCUUCUCUCUGAGAAAUUUGACCAGUCCCAUUCCGACACAGAAGAAUAUUUAAGAGAUAGGUCUCGCUUCCACUCGCCAGAUAGAAGCAGUCACAGUGAGGGUAGAUCUGCUGGGCCUAGGACAGAGUAUGUCUUUAGGUCAUCAAGAAAUGUCUUUGAUAAAUCUGGCCGAAUGGCCAAUGUUGAUGAUAACUUUGACAAACUGACACUUUUGCAGUAUUCUUCUGAGCCUGGUAGCCCAAAGCAAUCUGUUUGGAUGCGUGUGUCAGAUGACACACAGAGUAAGGAAAGAGAGCAGCUUAUGUAUGAGGACAGAGUGGAUAGGACUGUCAAAGAGGCGGAGGAAAAACUAAGUGAGGUUUCUCAAUUCUUUCGUGAUAAAACAGAACAGCUCAAUGAUGAGCUCUCAUCUCCGGAGAAGAAAUCUCGCAGACCAGACUUCAGAGAAUCACGAUCAGGGCCUAGUUCUACACACAGCAGCCCAGAGAGGUCUUCUUAUAGGAACGCCGGAAGUGGGGAAGAGUGGAGUAGAGAAAGACUUAGAGACAGAUUCAACUCUGGUGACAGGAAAUGUGCCAGUUUACCAAGCAGUCCAGAAAGGAGAGUACUGAUACAGUACAGUGAUUCAGACGCAAGAAAACAGGGAGAUGGUAAAUCACAGGGAAGCCCUGGUGAAAGCCCCAAACCUUUUCAAAUGUCUUCCUCUAAAGUAAGUGCAGUGAGGCUGAAGUUUGAGCAAGAGGCUCAGGGGCAAGAAAGGCGUCAUCAGAGUGGUCAGAAUUCCAAUACCCCUAUUAGGAAACUCCAGGAAAGUAAGCUACCUGUUUAUCAAGUAUUUGAUGGUUCAAAUAUUUCAAAAACACCAGACAUUCUGGGAAGUCGGAAGAGAUGUCAAGAGAGUGAAUCGAAUAUGUUCUCACCCAAGCAUGAGACCACUGGAAGAGAUCAGGAAGAGAAAAAGUUAUUCAAAACUUGGGAGAGCCAAGGGUAUGGGAACUAUAAACCCCAGUCCCCCAAACUUACUCAUUCGUUAAUCUCUGAUUCUAUGAAGGACUGCAAUAAUAGUGAUUCCGAAAGACAAGAAAAAACUAAGAAAAUCAUCUACACAGAAUUUGUUGUCCGAGAAAGUCCAAAUAGCAACGAUAGUCUAAAAAAAAACUCGGAAUCGCAAAUUCCUGUAAGAAAGCAGUCUAAUAUUUCCGAAAAUUACAAAUCCGCCUCUUUAAAAUUCGAUGCUUCUGGUGAAACGUGUGAGAGGGUAGGGUCUCAUAUACCUACUUUAACUAGAAAUCGGUUACACAGUAGCUCUGAAUCCAACAAGUCUACUCAUGGAUCAUCAGUAGGAAAAUCUACUGAUUCAUCAGAGUGUAGCCAGUCAAGUAUAGUAUGUAAUGGUGUUGAUAGCGACCAAAUAGAGUAUUUGGAUCAGGUAACUCCUGUAGUUGUCACUGAGGGUUUCAAAGAUAUUAAACCCUUACCUGUGUAUGUCAGCAUCCAAGUAGGAAAGCAGUAUGAGAAAGAAACAGCCUCAGGACAGCUGGGAACAUACAAAAAGAUAGUAAGCCAUGAGAGUAGGACUGUGCAUGAGACUAGGGGCGCAUUUUACACUGUCAAACAAAAGCAGUCUCCAUCUCCUCAAGGAAGUCCAGAAGAUGAUACUCUCGAACAAGUGACUUUCAUGGACAGCUCUGGGAAAAGUCCUGUUACCCCUGAGACCCCAAGCUCAGAAGACUUGAGUCUCACCUCAAGAACACCAGACUCUGUGAUAGGCUUUAUGCCUGGCAUGCCAAGCCCUAUCCCAGAGGAAUCUGAGGAGGAUGAAGGCAAGACCUUCAUCUACAAAGGGCCCUCAAAGGAAAAAGCUAAGCCAGUUUCCCCAGAGAAUCACAGUAAAAAGCAGGACGGAGAAAGACAGAGGUCAAAGGACAAAAGGGUCGCUUAUAUAGAAUUUCCACCUCCUCCUCCUUUAGAGGCAGAGCAGUCUGACCCUGAGAAAAGGGGCUGUGUUUCUUCUGAGACAGAGACAGAAAUGAUGGAGGUGAAUCUCCAAGAGGAGCAUGAUAGGCAUCUCUUAGCUGAGCCGAUCAUCAGGGUCCAGCCUCCAUCCCCUAUUCCCCCUGGAGCUGAUAACAGUGACUCUAGUGAUGAUGAGUCUGUCUUUCAUCCCAUCCCUAUCAAAAAGUACACAUUCAAAAUGAAAGAAGAAGGGGAAAAACCUCAGAAACAGAGAAAAUCUGACAAAAAUGGAAAUAAGGAGUCUGGGAUUAAUGGUGUUGUAAAGGCGGAGGACGUUGACUUUGAACAAAACGGCAAUGACCAGUCAAUAACAGACUGCUCAAUAGCAACCACAGCUGAGUUUUCUCAUGACACAGAUGCAACUGAAAUUGACUCUUUAGAUGGGUAUGAUCUUCAGGAUGAAGAUGACGGACUGAGUGAAGACCCUAAAACAUCUAGUCUAUCUAAUGAUGGAAAAACAAAUGACCGUUCAUUUAGUCAAUCAAAGCUUGAAGUGAUAGAGGAAGAGAAAUGUGAGGAAGGGGCGGAUAAUGGAAAGGCUAAAACCAGCACAUCCUCAGCAAAAAGCAGUGGGGAUGAAAAAGACUACACCCUUGAAGGAAGGCAUCCAGAUAGGCAGGGCUUUGGAGAGAACUACUUUGGCUACCAACUUGAAGAGGAGCUGAAUUCCACCUUUAAAACUGUUGCCACCAAAGGUCUGGACUUUGACCCCUGGUCCACAAAAGGGGUUGAUAACGAAGGACUUUUUGAGUCCAAAACAAAAGAAGAGGACCCCAAGCCCUUUGGCUUAUCGGUGGAGGACAAAUCACAGGCUACGACACCUGAUACAACCCCUGCUCGAACACCAACGGAUGAGAGCACACCGACUAGUGAGCCUAACCCCUUCCCUUUCCACGAAGGGAAGAUGUUUGAGAUGACCCGCAGUGGUGCUAUUGACAUGAGCAAGAGGGACUUUGUUGAAGAGAGGCUUCAGUUUUUUCAGAUUGGUGAGCAUUCCUCUGACCCUAAAACAGGGGAAAAGGGGCGAGGGGGCAAGAUCCUGGGGGUUCUCUCCUCUCAAUCAAAAACAGGGGAGAGGACCACAGUAGAUGGGAAGGUGAUGGUUAUAGAUACUACCAUAGACAGCAGCACUACACCAACAACACCAGCAGCAACUACGGCAAAAUGCAGCCCUGCACAGCCUGGCAGUGACACCGGCUAUGCUGGUACUGAUGCCCCCACCUGUGAAGCCAUAGCUGAGACCGCCUCCUCAUGCACAAUCACAGCCUCUAAGGUUGAUUCCAAAUUACGCACUCCUAUUAAGAUGGGCAUCGCGGCCUCAAUAACUGUGAAAAAAGACUCAGGGGAUCUCACCGAUGGUAAAGCUGACAUGUCAGAGGGUCAGAUGGUGCCAGAAUACAUUAGUAUAGAGGGUCAGUGUACACAGACACAGUCUAGCAGUCACUCAGAGUCGAGGUUAGAAAGAAGAGAUUACCCUUCUGACAACUGCAACAACAACAAUAACCUCGAGUCCUCCAGUGUUCAGGCCAAUUACAUUCAAUGUGGUAGUGUGGUGUUUAAUUUGCAGUCCUCCUCUGAGCCCACUCUUCAAAAAGCUAGCAGGAUAGAAACACUGUGCUGUAGAGAGUUUGAAGAGAGAGUCGAAGUGCACAACAGCAGUCAGGUAGAACAGCAGAAAACUGAAACCCUUAAAGAAAAUGAAGUGAAACAGCCCAAGUCAAGACUUCCAGUUAAAGCAUCAGGGUGGUCAUUUCACACACAGGGAACAGCCAUAGGCAAACAGAAGCCCAAACAAGCAGUGACGGUUGAGGUCAGGAAAAGAGGAGAGCCAGCCAUAGCAAAAGUAGAGCCCAGGUCUAGGAUACCAAUCAAGGAUGUUAAAAAGAGCAGUCCAGCUGCCGCAGCUAGCUCGCUUGUUUCAGUUCAGGUUACCUUGCAGCCAGUGAGAACAUCAGAGAGGGCAGCCAUAAAGUUGCCCUCAAGGCUACCUCUGAAGGGCAGGCAUCAGGUCAGUAAUAACGCUAGUGAGGGAGCAUGUAGACAAGACAGGAAGGAGAGCCCUAGUGAGGUUUGUAAGCGCACCAUCGAAUACUUUAAAGACAUAAGUGGGGAGACGCUAAAGUUGGUGGACCGCCUGUCAGACGAGGAGAAAAAGACGCAGACAGAGCAGUCGGAGGAAGACAGCACCUCCCGGAGCACCUCUCUGUCGGACGCCUCCCAGCCUUCCCAGCCCUCCCAGCCCUCCCGCUCAUCCAGGUCUGGUAGAGGUUCGAGGGCUGAGGCCGGGGCCGCGUCCGUAAGGGCAAAGGUGGCGACGACGGACAGGGCCUCCGGCAGUGAAAGGAGCAGGAGGAGUAGGCGGACUGGUGGGAAGGAGGGCAGUCAGGGACUCACAGGGUCUCGAACGCCUCCCAUCGCGGAGAUCAAGCCUAGUCCCCAAAGUCCUUGUGAGCGAACGGACUUGCGCAUGGCUAUUGUUGCAGAUCACCUGGGGCUCAGUUGGACAGAGCUAGCUCGGGAGAUGAACUUCACAGUGGAUGAGAUCAACCACAUCAGACUAGAGAACCCCAACUCUCUGACAGCACAGAGCUUCAUGCUUCUUAAGAAAUGGGUCAGUCGAGAAGGAAAAAAUGCCACAACGGAUGCCUUAACUGCAGUGCUGACCAAAGUCAAUCGGAUGGAUAUUGUGACUUUGCUGGAGGGCCCAAUAUUUGACUAUGGUAACAUUUCAGGCACAAGAUGUUUUGCCGAUGAUAACGCUGUUUUCCGGGAUCAGGCUGAUGUUUAUCAGAGCAUUCUAGCGGAGCUGCAGUCCCCCGCCGCACUGCACUCUGACCCCCACUUCCUGGAGCCCGAACUCCCCGUCACCCCCAACCCUUCCCUUGCCCACCACCAACAGCACCAUUACCCAGAACCAGAGUCCCCUUUGUUGGCCGACACCCAACCUCAGCCCCUGCCCUGGAGUCCGGAGAUAGAGCCUGGUAGCGGAGAGCCAGACAGCCCUCCUAGGAGCCCCCCCAGACCCUGUGAGCUCGCACUAUCCGUCUCAGCCUUCGAGCUCCCUGAUCCUGUUCCAUCUAAGGUCAGGAAGCCCCACAUCGCUCUGAACGACCAGCUGCUUUUGAGCGAGGAGGAGGACAGGUCCUUCCAGGAAAUGGAGCCGACCUUCAAGCCCAAGUCACAGUCCUUCCCCGCCAUGUGCGAAUUAGACGUCGACAUGGCGUACUCCACAUCUUCCCCUUCACUGUCAUCAGUAUCCUCAAUAACCCCUUCAUCCCCUGAAAGAAUACAAAUUGGAGAUGGUGGCGUGCAGAUGGGUGCGCUCAAUGGGCUGCAAGAGGAUGUGGGUUUGAAAGGAAGUGAAAGGGAAGUGAAAGAAGAAAUAGAGAAGGUUGUUGAGAUGGUUGCAGCGGAGUUUGCAGAGGGAAGUAGAUUUGUGGAAAAGUGGGUAGAGCAGGAUUUAAUUAAAAAUGUGGAAAGGAAAUGUGAGAUGAUAACAAAAGACAGGCCUAAGACGACAGAGGAGAGCAACAUUUUGUUGGAGGAGAUGAAGGAGUCUGAGGAGGGAGAGGAAGAUGAGAAAGAGAAGGGAGAGAAAGAUGUAUUAAAGGACCUUAUACAGGAUGAGAGUAAAGGGGGCAUCUGUGAGGUAGAGGAGAUGAAAGAUGGACAGGAUCUGCCAGAAGAGCAGCUUAAUCUGACUGCAUCUGGGCAUGAGGCAGAAAAAGAGACGGUCGAAGUGAGUAUUAAGGUAACGUCUGAGGUUGGAAAAGUUGGUGGGGACAGUGAGGAGAGGGUCGCCCAGGGUGACGGAGUGGAUGAUACAGAAGGGACAGCCGUAGUUAAGGAUGAAGGGUUAUGUGGCGGUGAAGGAGAUAUUUAUGAAGUAUUAGAAGGGGAUCUGGCAGCUGAAGACCAGGCUGUACAUGACCUCUCUCCUCAGCCCUGGGUUGAGGCUCUUGGGGAACUUCAGCCCAGUGAGUCUGGGUCCAAUGAGGAAGAGGAGGAGGGCGUCAAAGAAGUCGCAGAAGAGACAUUAGGAACUCUGUUGGAUGAGGAAGAGAAAGAAGAAGGCUCAGAGGAGAAGGAGGAGGACGAAGAGAUGACAAGAGAUCAGGAGACGCUUGAUCAGACUGGACAGGCGGAAAAAGACAUGUGUUCAAUUUCAGGUUGGCACAGUGAUUCAUCCAGCGUCAAUGUGGAACCACCAACGCCGGGCCGCAGUGUCAGCUCAGACCUACUUGACAGGCGGGAAAGCCAAGAAAACUCUAGUGACUCCAUCACUUCGUCAUCUCGGGGCGAAUCAGGGAGGUCCCGACAAAACGGCGACAACUCAAGGCACUCACCUCAGGACGGUUCAAUGGAAUCAUCAAACAGCAGAAAGGAGGAAGGAGCACUAGUGUCGGAGAAAAAAGUCCAGAGGGUUAGUGUAGAUUCCGGUUCAGAGGAAGAACAGACUGUAACCACCAGAAUCUUCAAACGCCGUCUCAUUUUAAAGGGAGAAGAAGCAAAGAAUAUUCCAGGCGAAUCUGUGACAGAAGAACACUAUAUGGACCACGAUGGUAACAUCGUCAGUAGAAAAGUGAUCAGGAAGGUUAUUCGACGGGUGUCCACUCCCACACCAGAAAGCAAAGGAGGCAGCAGCUGGCACCGUCAGCACAGUCCCAUUCUCCAGGAAGAUGGGUCAGAGCAAGGAGAAGGGUCAAGAAAUAACAGGCGAAAGGAUGACAGAAGGUCAGGGGAUAAAAAGCACCACUCAUAGGGAUGGUCGUGCUCUACCAGACGGAUGUUUCCUGGGAACGUGACUGUCCAGAGUGAUGGAGAGUUCCAGUGUGAGGGCUUAAGGCGAAGGUCCAGUCUGCAACUAUCUGCUUCAAACUGGUGGUUUUCACAAGAGAGGAGUCAACCCUUUUGACUAAAGCAUGAGCAUGAAAAACUCACUCCCUGUCAAAGGUCUGGGAGGUUCUCACUUUCUUGCUGUGGCGGACCAGUGGCCAGUGAUUCUGCUUCCUGUUUUUGCGUGAAACAAUACGUGCCAUCGGUCCACUGGCGUUGUGAGAGCUUUUUGUUUUUUGAGGAGCGUCACUUGUUGCAAACACAACAAAGACUCCCAUUACUGACAACCACACAGGUGCAACUGUGACCAAAGAUGGCACAAGAGCUCAAUCCACGCGGGUGGAAAGAACGACGUAGACACAAUAACACACGAAAUAUAAAAUCUAAUGGAACACUUCUGGUCCAACUUCAACACUCGCCUUAUAGUUUUUUCUUGAACCCAUUGUUGUCAGGAUGUAAAUUGUUUUGGGAUUUUUUUUUUCCUUCCUUUUUAAAAACUUCAACUAACACGAGAGCUUUUUUGUGUAUAUACAACUACAGUGUGUAUAAUUCUUAAUAAAGGGUACAGGUUGAGAACGCACUGAGCAGAGUGAGCUUUUCAAGUGCUUUCAAAAAUUUACCGAAACAGUUCCACUUUUAAAGAUUUGAGUGUAACUUCACAGGUUCUUGUAUAAUUAAUUAUUAGAGCAGGUAUAAUGUUUGUACAUGAAGAAAAAAAAUGCUGGUUUGAUUUUAACAGAAGAAAUUUCCAGAAAAUCAAAUCUCAGUGAUUCCCAAAGUGGGAAUGGAUUUAAUCCUGCAAAAAAAAAGCAGCCUUUCAGAGUACUCAUAUUUUCAUGCAUGCUGUUCACAUUAUUUUAAGUACGAUUUUUACAAGUUUGCAAACACUGUAUUCAAAUGACAAAGCCCUUUAUCUCUGUACACAUAUAGCCCUAACAUUUGUCACCAGUUUUAUAUUUUAAAUUGAAAAACGUUACCAUUAAAGCAUUUAUCAUGUUGGGGUGAGGAAUGAAAAAAAAAGUUCUAUAGCUUCUUGAGGAUGUGAUGUCUCGUCUGUAUGUGUAAAACUGGAGGGCAGCUUCUGCUACGAGAACGAAGUAAUCUGAAUGUAAAUGCUAGUAGGCUGGCUCGCUGUAAAAUUAUAACUGUAUCGUGCGUAUUGGCUAUAAGGUGUAGGAGUCUCUGUACACUGUUAGACUGUUUGUAAUCAUUUUAGCAGUGUGUUGAUUUGGUUUUCUAAUGGCUGCUGUGGUUAUUAAAGGAAAACUGGGGCAUUUCACUUUGGAUUUUUUGGUGAAGUAUUUCCUUAAUUUAAAACCUACUCACAUUAAGGACACAUUAAGUCAUUAUUUGAUUGUAGCUCUAAAUAGCAUAUUGUAUGACAAAACACUGGAUGGUCAAAAACAAUUAUUUAAGCAUUAAAUAAAUUGUGUUUAACUCUGAAACUGUGUGAUCUCUUUAGGCUUGAGAGUCUGUAUAUGCAGUGUCGAAUAGAAUUGUUUUCACUAGCUCACUGACAAACGUUUUACUUUAGGACUUCUCUUUGUAUUGGUUUUCAUUAGAUGCCCAUGUAGUUCAAGUGUGGUGUUCUACUGGUGCGAUGGCUCAGUAUGCUGAUGUCUAUGCUGUGGACAUUAAAAUAUAACUUUAUUUUUCUUUAUUUUGGGGAGGGGGGGUUUGAAGGAAGCUAGGUUGGGUGCUGUAUCAUAUCCCUUAUUCUACUAUGUCAAUCAGGGGUUAGAGGAUCCUUUGAUAUGGUUGAACUAUCGAUUUUGUCAAUUUUGUUUGAUAUGUGUUUUCACCUGAGCAGACUUUUUUGAUGUACAAUUCUUACUAACAGAGUGAAGCCAUUGAAAUGUAACUAUUCUAGCACUUUGGUUAUUCAAGGUCUUUUAGAGGCUAUAGCAGCAAUGAUGCCACCACAAAUGUUUCAGACGUCUUUAAGAAAAAAAAAUCAACCUAAAAAUAAAAAUGCAAUGAUUUCGCAGUA